AUGCAGGUAAAACCGGAGGAUUCAAAACCAUCUGAGGGGCUUGUUCCUCACAAAAGAAGCUCCGAUGACGAGGAGGUGGCCCGAACUCUGGAGGAGUUCUACGGGGACGUGGACGCCCUGGAGUUCUACCCCGGGCUGCUGCUGGAGAGGACCCGGGCGGGCGCCAUCUUUGGCGAGAGCAUGGUGGAGAUGGGCGCCCCCUUCUCCCUGAAGGGCCUCCUGGGGAACCCCGUGUGCUCGCCGGACUACUGGAAGCCCAGCACCUUCGGGGGCCGCGUGGGCUUCGACAUCGUGAACUCGGCCACGCUCCGGAGGCUGGUCUGCCUGAACGCCAGGACCUGUCCCUACGUGGCGUUCAGGGUCCCGCCGCAGGAGGGGCCGGACGGCGGGGGGCCCCGACCGGACGAGCUCUAA